AAAGCCAUGACCCAUUCCUUCACUCAAGUAUCAAUGUCUAUUGUCUAUAAAUAUUACAUAACUCUUCUUCUUCAACCAAACAUUGAAACACUUUGUCCCACUCUCUCUCUUUCUCUUUCUUGUACCAAAAGCUUUUUGAAUCUCCAAGAUUAUAGCAAAACCAAAGAUAAAAUACUAACUUAAAAGAUUUCUGAAAAUAAUGAGUUGCAAUGGUUGUCGAGUUCUACGAAAAGGUUGCAGUGAGAAUUGCAUCCUCCGUCCAUGUAUUCAAUGGAUCGAAUCACCUGAAGCUCAAGGCCACGCCACCGUCUUCGUCGCUAAGUUCUUCGGCCGUGCCGGUUUAAUGUCUUUCAUCUCCGCCGUACCGGAAUCUCAAUGCCCUGCUUUGUUUCAGUCUUUGCUAUACGAAGCUUGUGGGAGAACUGUGAAUCCGGUGAACGGAGCCGUCGGAUUGUUGUGGACGGGGAAUUGGAAUGUUUGUCAAGCGGCGGUUGAGACGGUGCUUCGUGGUGGUUCUUUAAAACCAAUACCGGAGCUUCUUAACGGCGGUGGAUUCGCCGGGUUUCCGUCUCCUACUUCCGACGAAGCUUCGGAGAUCUGUACGGAAAUGUUGAAUCUACGAAAAGCUGAUGAUUCCGGUGAUCGGAACAUUUAUCAUCACUGCCGAUUCUCAAGCUCUAGAUCUAGAUCAAGAUCAACAGCUUCUCCGCCGAAACGGAAACGAUUAUCGUCGGAACAACAACCUUCGUCGGAGCUUGAUCUCUCUCUUAUUCCUAUUUAUCCGAUUAAAACCUUGCCGUUUAAGGAAGAUACACCGUCGAUGUACUCGGAGGAGUCUGUUACCACGGUUUCGUUUCAAAACAACAACGCCGGUGAUCGGUACGUACGCUGCGGCGGAGGAGGAGGAGGAGCAACGACAAAGUUGCUCAAUCUCUUCGCUUGAACGGCGUCGUUUUUGUUAUGAGGGUUAAAAAUGUAAUUUCGAGUAACUUUUUGUUGUGGCCUUUUUUGGAUUAAUAGCCCUUAAUAUUUUGUGAAAUGUAGCAAAUUACGUGAUUUAUUUCUCUCUUUAAUUAUGAGAAAUUAUCCAAAGUAAUAGAGAAUAAUGAUAUAAUUCGUCGGUGGUGUACUAUUUUAUUUUUAGUUCAUAAUCAAUUAAUCAUCAUUCUCAUCGAAUUCAAAUUAAAAGAUAACAAUGAUAAUGUGUACGAUAAAUCAAUACUUAUUAGCUACUAAAUUAUUUGUUUUUAUCGACAUAUUCAACAUUAAUAAUAAUAAUCACGAAUCGGAGUCAAAAUAUACAUCUCUCCAAAUCCAAAGCACCGGCAAAGUCUUCGCACCCAACAUAUUUCGAUUCUUUAAGGACCAACAUGUUGUAAUGUACACACAAUCAUACACAACUUGCUAUUUUGAUAAUCAUCUUGAUUACUACUCGCAAAACAAAAUAUUAGCAUUUAUUAUCUCCAGGUUUAUUGUCUUUCGAUACUACAUUUGUUAUUCAAUGGUUUAAUGAUACCUAGUAAUAGUAUAACACAAUAGUACGUAUUCCUCGAGAUGUGAUGAUCUUUUUGUGAUAUCUCAAAUUAUCCUAUACUAGUACUGCAACGGUCUUCUUCGCAACACUCUCAAUGGCAUAUGUACAUCUUCAUGUGUUUCUUUCUAUGUUUAAGAUUAGUCUACCACACAUUCUCCGGAUGAAUACAAACUCUAAAAAAGAUUAAACAAGGUGCAUUACAUAAUAUAAGUAAUUGUAUGUAUAGAGUAGAUAUGCA